AUGAGUUCCAUAACCCCCCUGAAAAUCGCCGUCCUCAUCAACAGCCCACCAGACAACAGAGACUUCUGGUUAGAUGUGCGACAGUCUUGGCAAGAAGCCUUUGCGAUAGUUUCUCCGACAGCUGAGGUCGAUCUGUACGAUCCGGUUGUUGAGCGAAAGUUUCCCAAUGCGUUGGAAUAUAAUCUGGUGGUCUUGAGUGGUGGUAAAGCAGACGCAUCUUGCUCGGAGCCCUGGGUGUUGGGUGUAUUGGAUUAUGUCCGAAACAUAGUGCAGAACUCUCCGAACACCAAGAUACUUGGUAUCUGCUGGGGGCACCAAGCUGUAUCCAGGGCACUUGGUGGGCAAGUGCGAGCUGUUCCGACUGGACCAAUUGCCGCUAUUCAAGAUAUUCAUCUCACGGAAGUCGGCAAGAAAUUCUUCCCCUUCGCCGCGAUCUCCGGAUCUUACAGAGCACCUGAAUUCCAUGUCCGCGAGGUUGCAACUCCCGCACCCGGCUUCAUCCACCUUGCCGAGAACAAUGAGUGCUUCGUUAACGAAGCAAACAGUGUUCUCACAUUCCAAGCCCAUCCCGAAAUCUCCAAUAAGUUGGCCAGGAAGAUGCUCCUGGAAGAAGACAAAGAGUACAACGGAAAUACUUCCGCUGAGCAAUUGAAACGGGAGGUUCAGAAACUAGAGCAGUCUACUGAUGGCAUCAAGCUGCUUGAACGGGUUAUUCAGUGGCUGGGGGAAUAG